AUGCUGAUCGAGCGGGCGCUUCUCGACUCCCCUGAGGGCACCGACUACACCGUUGCCGACGACUUCAUGGGUUGGGGCCCGGGCCAUGGCAAGGCUCGGGUCGCUCCGACUUUGGUCAAGCACGGGGUCGAGAAGGCACGCGGCAAGGCAUCUGUGUAUAAGGAGGUGCUCAAGUACAAUGAAGAACUUCGUUUGAGGAAGCCGCCCAAGGGCCCCGAGAAGGAGGGCCUGGGUGGGUGGGGCCGAGAUCUAGGGCGCUCCCGGCCAGCCGGCUGGGCUUUCUCGCUGGUGUCGUCGCCCAAGGGCGUGACGUCCCGCGUGAACUCCUUCCUCUACCUUAUGUUCCUCAGGAGCCAGUCGCUGGUUCCCACCUUUCCCGAGGAGUUCGACAGCGGGUCCAGGGACGACCGGGCCACCGUUGACCACCUGUACGACACCAUCAAUUCUUUUCGGCCGCCCUCUCAGACGGCCUCGGACGAGGAAGCAAUGCGUGCGCUUCUCGGCAACAGAGUCCCCUAUGGCGGGGACGAUGACCUGACAGUGGUACCCUACGACCGUGCUCUGGUGUCUAUCCCUGGUGACGGACGCGUUCCCGUGCCCCUUACCGAGGUGCUGCCGCCAGAUGCCGCAAAGAUGAUCGUAGAUUUUGAUACCCACCUGCUCAAGGACGCCAACCAGUGGGGAGCGGAGGUGGAGCAUGGUCUCGAGCACAUCGGUUCCUACAUGGACCCCCGACUCCGCUUCAGCCGCCGCAGCUAUCUCAACUUCAUCGGUGACCUGAUCAGAGGAUCUUCUUGGGCCGACGUCGUGAUGGACACGGACUCUGACAUGUAUCUCUCGCUUAGUGACGUGAAGGACUACUUCUACGCCUGUGGUCUGCCGCCAGGCCUCGAGAGCUUCUUUUGCCUCCCUGAUAUCACUGGGGAAGAGCUGAAGGUGGUCACCCAAGGCGAUCCCUCAUUUAGGCACUUGUGGGGCCCCGUGGCGGUCGCCCCCGCUAUGAGGGUGAUGCCGACGGGAUGGACUUGGAGCUUCUUCGCGCAGGUCUUGCACGUUCACCAGGUCCACCAGAUCAGGCCCUGGGUGUCCGGCGCGGCCAUGCAGGACCGCGUCCCUCCGCCUCCUUUCAGGACGGGGACCGAGCUGGCCCUGCCCUACUGCGACAACUUUGCGGCGGCUGCCUCUUCUCCAGCCCAGGCCGACGCUCUCCGAGAAGAUAGCAAGCGCCGGAUGACCUCGCUCGGCUUCGAGGUCCACGAGGAGGAGGCUGCCCGCCCCUGGGCCGAGUCCUUGGGGUUCGCCAUCGACGGACUCACUGGGGAGCAUCGCCCUAGCCCUGCCAAGGCGCGGCGCCUCCGCCAGGUCUGUCGUCGCGUGAGCCGCCAGCGACCCUGGCUCAGUGGUCGUCAGCUGGAGCGGCUCUUGGGACAUGCUACUUUCCAGUUUCUGGGGCAUCGGCCGCUGCUCUCUAUCUUCCGCAGCUGCUACACCUUCGCGCAGUGCCACUACCUCCAGCCGCUGCGGCUCUGGCGGACCGCCGCCGAGGAGCUCCGGGCUGCCGCCGCUCUGCUGCCCUUUGCGCGGGCCAACAUGCGGCGACCCUGGGCUUCGGAGGUGGAGGUUUUCGACGCUUGUCUUGCUGGUUGCGGAAUCAUGACAGCGACCCUGCCGAAGGAUGUGGUCUCUGAGAUCGGGAAGGUCGAUGAGAGGUGGCGCUACGCUUUCCAGUACGAACAACCUGGCGGGCCUCGUGAGCACGCCCUCCGUUCAGCUCCCCCCGUCGAGGAGUGUUUCAGCAACGCGGAGACC